AUGGGGUAGGCUAAUCCAAUUUUAUGGGUCAUCUUUAGGUAAUUUAAUUGUAGAUUAUAGUGACUAAAUACUGUACAUUCCAUAACGAUCAAUAUUAGAAUGUACUUGCUUCUGUAAUCUGCAAUGUGAACUGCCAGCAGUGGACUAAACUAAUACAGUAGCUGAAGAUGUUACAGCAGCACAAGGACCCCAGUUGUUUUGUGUUCCAGGGGCAGUGGUGAGGAGAAGGAGAGAGGGCAGGGGAAGCUUCACAGGAGACUAUCUCGUCUGGGGAGCAGAGGCUCUCUUAGAGAGGCCCCCAGACCUCCACCCCAACCUGUCCAACCCCCAGCACCAUCUCCGGCCCCAGCCCCAGCUCCGGCCCCAGUUGACAGACCCACUCCCACUCCCCCAGCACCGAACCCUCCAACCCCUCCAGCCCCAGCACCUAAACCAUUGGAGCUUCCCCCGAAACCCCCUGAUAUCAACCUGAAGCCAAGCCUCCCUCCAAGGCCUCUAACCAGGGUGUUCAGCAGCAAUGAGCACGGCACUGCAGUCCUACAGGUACAACCCAGCCUCACCCCUCAUACACCAGACAGAGUUAUUUAAAGGUUAUCGGGGUUAUUACUUAGCUGUGAAUGUUGUCAAGAUGUACAGUGCCUUGCAAAAGCAUUCAUCCCCCUUGGCGUUUUUCCUAUUUUGUUGCUUUACAACCUGUAAUUUAAAUAGACUUUUAUUUGGAUUUCAUGUAAUGGACAUACACAAAAUAUUCCAAAUUGGUGAAGUGAAAUGAAAAAAAUAACUUGUUUCAAAAAAUUCAAAAACAUAAAUAACUGAAAAGUGGUGCGUGCAUAUGUAUUCACCCCCUUUGCUAUGAAGCCCCUAAAUAAGAUCUGGUGCAACCAAUUACCUUCAGAAGUCACAUAAUUAGUUAAAUAAAGUCCACCUGUGUGCAAUCUAAGUGUCACAUGAUCUCAGUAUAUAUACACCUGUUCUGAAAGGCCCCAGAGUCUGCAACACCACUAAGCAAGGGGCACCACCAAGCAAGUGGCACCAUGAAGACCAAGGAGCUCUCCAAACAGGUCAGGGACAAAGUUGUCGAGAAGUACAGAUCAGGGUUGGGUUAUAAAAAAAUAUCUGAAACUUUGAACAUCCCACGGAACGCUAUUAAAUCUAUUAUAAAAAAAUGGAAAGAAUAUGGCACCACAACAAACCUGCCAAGAGAGGGCUGCCCACCAAAACUCACGGACCAGGCAAGGAGGGCAUUAAUCAGAGAGGCAACAAAGAGACCAAAGAUAACCCUGAAGGAGCUGCAAAGCUCCACAGCGGAGAUUGGAGUAUCUGUCCAUAGGACCACUUUAAGCCGUACACUCCACAGAGCUGGGCUUUACGGAAGAGUGGCCAGAAAAAAGCCAUUGCUUAAAGAAAAAAAUAAGCAAACACCUUUGGUGUUCGCCAAAAGGCAUGUGGGAGACUCCCCAAACAUAUGGAAGAAGGUACUCUGGUCAGAUGAGACUAAAAUUGAGCUUUUUGGCCAUCAAGGAAAACGCUAUGUCUGGCGCAAACCCAACACCUCUCAUCACCCCGAGAACACCAUCCCCACAGUGAAGCAUGGUGGUGGCAGCAUCAUGCUGUGGGGAUGUUUUUCAUCGGCAGUGACUGGGAAACUGGUCAGAAUUGAAGGAAUGAUGGAUGGCGCUAAAUACAGGGAAAUUCUUGAGGGAAACCUGUUUCAGUCUUCCAGAGAUUUGAGACUGGGACGGAGGUUCACCUUCCAGCAUUUAAAUGUAUUGGAAUGACCUUGUCAAAGCCCAGACCUCAAUCCAAUUGAGAAUCUGUGGUUUGACUUAAAGAUUGCUGUACAUCAGCGGAACCCAUCCAACUUGAAGGAGCUGGAGCAGUUUUGCCUUGAAGAAUGGGCAAAAUCCCAGUGGCUGGAUGUGCCAAGCUUAUAGAGACAUACCCCAAGAGACUUGCAACUGUAAUUGCUGCAAAAGGUGGAUCUACAAAGUAUUGUAAAUAGUCAUGCACGCUCAAGUUUUCAGUUUUUUUGUCUUAUUUCUUGUUUGUUUCUCAAAAAAAGUAUUUUGCAUCUUCAAAGUGGUAGGCAUGUUGUGUAAAUCAAAUGAUACAAACCCCCCCAGAAAUCUAUUUUAAUUCCAGGUUGUAAGGCAACAAAAUAGGAAAAAUGCCAAGGGGGUGAAUACUUUCGCAAGCCACUGUAUUAGGAUCCUAGGACGAUUAUUUUCGUUAUCUAUCUGAAUGGUGGCCAACACAUGCACAUAUCAAUAGGACACAUUGGGAGAUAGUCAUUCCGUUUUGUACCGUAAAAACUGUGAUUAUAUGUAGAAGCCAGACAACAUAGUUUAAAUUAAGCCUUUAAAAUGAUAGAUCAAUAUAUCCCAAGCAAACGGGAGAAAGUGAGCGGUUAGUAAUACACAACAGCGAACCAAUCUGUGAGUAAAGUGACGCUGAGACUCAAACCCAACAAGCCAUGGCUUCCCUUAGAGGAAAAGACAAAGAACAACUUGGAGAUGCAAAUGAGCGCAACGAACAGCUGACGGAUAUCCAGGAAAACAUAGCUAAAAUGCUCUCAAUGCUCACCCCCCCCCAAAAAAAAGUAGAUUUGCUCGAAAUGUAUCAAAACAUGUUUUUCAUGUGUUUGAUACCAUUCCAUUCCAUUCACUCCAUUCCAUCCAUUAUACUCCAUUCCAGACAUUAUUAUGAGCCGUCCUCCCCUCAGCAGCCUCCACUGGUGUCUGUGAAUAUGAAUGGGAGAGUGAUGGAGGGUGAAUAUGAAUAUGUGUAGGAAGGAUGGGUGUGCGGCGGCAUCGGGUAUAUGUUGUGUGUGAAUGAAUGAGAAUGGAUGAGUAAGCAGAUAAAUAGAGGGGUGUAAACGUGUUUGAGAAGAAGGGAGGGGGGAAAAGACGGCGGUUGGGAUAAACUUAGCCUGGGUGGGUAAGGGAGGGCAAGGAGGGGAGGUGGUUGGGGGGAGGGGGCAAGGAUGGGUAAGGAUGGGAGGGUGGUACAAGCUUGGCUUGGGGGGGCAAGGGGGAUUAAAUAUGGGUGGUGGAGAUACGUUUGGCUUGGGUGGGGUAAAGGUGGGAGAACAGGGAGGGGGUGGUAGAGAGGGAUGGAUCUGGUUUGGGAGAAAGAGAAGAAAGGACUUAAUUAUACUACAAUGUCAUUGUAUUUGGGGGUUUUAUGACUUGUAACCCAUUGUAAAAUGAAUGUGUUCUGGACAGAUUAGGAAAGGAUGUCGAAUCAUUAUUAUUCCUUGUUUGUAAUUACAACUAAUUUAAUGGUGGUUAUUGGUGAGAAUGGAGGGGCCAUAUCCAGAGCAUUGGGAUGGGGUGACUGGGACACGCUCAGACACUUCUCUGAGGUGUGCGUAGGGCCUCCACGCAUCCCAUUUCAGUCUCUCGGAGGACCCACUCACCCCAAGUGGACCCCCACCAACCACUAUACUUAUAUUGAAUUUAUAACGUAAUACAAACCAACCACAGUACUUAAGUGGCAGUCUUUCUUCAAAUGUACAGUACCAGUCAAAUGUUUGGACACACCUACUCAUUCAAGGUUUUUUCUUUAUUUUUACUAUUUUCUACAUUGUAGAAUAAUAGUGAAGACAUCAAAACUAUGAAAUGUCCCCUUCCUGUUUGCACUGGCAUUUGAACCGCUUGCAGAAAGACAGUACCCAAAUGUAACAGGUAUCAGUAUUGGUAGAUAUAAAUUAAUAUAAACUAAACUUAUUUGCAUAUGAUCUCCUGAUAUACCUGACCAAUAUUGAAAACUCAAUGCCCCCUUUGCUAAAAAUAUUUUCAGACUACUCAGAAAUCUCAGGAUUUAAAAUAUACGUGGAAAAAAACUAAAUAAUGGUCAUAGGAAAAAUAAUAACUUAAGAUCUACAGCUAUUCUUUAAGUGGACCACACAUUUUUUUUAUUUAUAUUUAGAAUGCUUAAUAAGUGACAACAAACAACAUGCAUAAAGAUAACUUUAUCCCAUUACUCAACAAUAUGAAAGCAGAUCUAAUUUAAUUGAAUAAACUUCCCAGAAAUCUUACAGGUAGAAUAAACCUCUUUAGAAUGGCAUGGCUGCCAAAGUCUUUGUUUUUAUUUUCGGUAAUACCAAUUACCCCACCGAAGACAUUCUUAAAAAAAGUACACUCAGUCAUAACAGACUUUAUAUGGGCAAGUAAAAUGAAUAGAAUAAAGUCUGAGGGUGGUUUUAACCUUCCAGACUUGGAAUUGUAUCAACUUGCUACCCAACUUGCUACUUGCGACAUAUAGUAAAAUGCACUAAAGAGGAACAAGUGGUACAUAUUGAAGAUGCGCAUGUUCAUCCCCAGAAUCUUUUUACGUAUCUAUUUUCAAAGGAUAAAGCUAAGAACAUUAACAACUUCAUAGUUAAGAACAUUAUAACAAUAUGGAAGAAAAUGAAACCUAUUCUACAAGAACCAAUGCCACUCCCUAAAAACACAACCUUAUGGAACAAUCCUUGGAUAGCUUUUCAGAAUUCGCCGAUAAAUUGGUCCACAUGGAAAACUAAAGGCAUUGAAACCGUAAAUGACUUGGUAAUAGGAAACACAUUUAUUUUCAUGACAGAAUUAAAAAGUAAUUUUGGACUGACCAAUGUAGAUAGUUUCAAAUACAUGGAACUUAAAAGUUACAUAUCAGAUUUGAAAUCUUUUGGACAUCAGAGCAACCUGGAGGGAAUCUUAGUUGAAUCAGAAAAGGAUGUUUAUAUGAUAGGGAAGAUAUACAAAACCUUGCAGGGAGCACAUCCAACUACAAUCUCGUAGAAAAAAAUACAAUCUAUUGGAACCAAGAUUUAAGAAGAACGGAUGUUGGCACAAGAUGGAGGGAAAGUUGGAGCAUAAGUAACGAAAUUACAAUUAACUAAAAUGUAUGCUUAAUCCAGUAUAAACUAAUGUGUAGAAUGUAUUAUACAAGAAACAAAAUUCACAAAUUCUACAGCACAACAGCAGUCAUGUCAUAAGUGUAAAACUAAUAAUGACUCAAUAAUCCAUGCUUUCUGGGAAUGUUAUAAAGUCCAGAAGUUGUGGGCAGAGCUAGAAAGUUGGCUGUCAGAAGUAUUACAAUGUAAACGUACUUUGAAUCUCUCUGUCUGCAUAUUUCAAGACAUGGCAUAUGGGGGUGUAGUGAGAUACCCAAUGGGCUGGACGAUUCUCUUCUCAUCACUCAUCUUGAAAAAACAUAUACUAAAAACUUGGAAAUCAAUCCGGCAUCAUUAACACAAUGGAAAAAUCUAGUGAUUUAUUACUGAAUUAUUGAAGUAGCAUGGGCGACUGAGAAAAACAAAUUGGUACAAUUUAAGGCCAAGUGGCAAACAAUAACUAGGGAUGGGGGUGGGGGUGUGAGUAUGCGGGUUUGGGCAGAUAAGAUGUAGUCAUUGUUUGUAUGUGUCUGUAUGUUGUUGUACUUAUGUAUAAUUUUUGUAUUUGGAGUGAAAAAUAUAUAUAUAUAUAUAUAUAUUAUGAAUGAAAAAUAUGUAUGGUGGCUUUCACCAUUAGACAUUGGAGGGGAUCCAGACCAUUCAUGGAAGAUUAAUGUUGUUCUUCCUUUCAGGGGUUUCAGUUGUUCAGAGGUGAUGAGACUAUGUGUGAUGUCAUCCUAGUGCCUGGAGACAGCAGUGACACCUUCCCAGUACACAGAGUCAUUAUGGCCUCCGCCUGCGACUACUUCAAAGCCAUGUUCACUGGUUAGUCUGUGAUAAAUAACAUUCAAUUAGGUUUUUCAAUUAUGUGCAAUAUGUUAAUAUAUUUCAAUAUGUCAAUAUAUUUAACUGGUGAUUGUUUCACAAUGUGUGAUGGAGAGCAGUCAUCAAUGGCCUAUGCUCCCAAAGGAGCGAUGGGCCUAAGUAAGUAAGUAAGUAAUAUUUUUAGGGCUGAACCUAUGAAAAGGCUCUCUCUUACUGUAUUUGCUCUCAUCACGUCCACUCAGACCAUUUUCAAACUAUGUUUGAAAAUACUUGCACUCUUGCACCAUUAACUGUAACAGCAUUCACCCUCUAUAUCUCUCCCUUUCCCUCUUUCCCUCUCUCUAGGGGGUAUGAGAGAGCAGGAGAUGAGGGCGAUUAAGCUCCAUGGUGUGAGCAAGACAGGUCUGAAGAACAUCAUAGAGUUCAUCUACACAUCCCGGCUGAGUCUGAACAUGGCCAACUUGCAGGACACUCUAGAGGCUGCCAACUUCUUACAGGUCCUCCCCGUCCUUGGCUUCUGCAACGAGCUGCUCAGCACUGAGGUGAGUGGAUCAGGUUACUUACUGGUACUGAAACAAUUAACAGGUGGAUGGGCGGGAUGGGUGGAUUGAAGAGUAAGUGAAAAGCAUGGCCAAUGUAAAGACAGGCGACCUGUCACAUGUUCAUCCAGUCUUGUCUGGUUUCCUGUGUUUGUGGUAGAUCACCAUUGAUAACUGUGUGGAGGUGGAGCGCAUCGCUGGGGACUUGCUCCUGGAGGAAGUGCAGGCGCACAUUGGGAAGUUUGUGUGUCAGAAUCUGUCAGCGCUGCUGCAGUCUGGCCGCUACCUGCAGCUUUCUGAGCCCAGCCUGGCCAACGCCCUGGCCAGCGACAGCCUCAAGGGCUUCUCUGAGAUGGAGUUGUACCGCAUCGCCCGCUCCUGGCUGGACCACGACCCCCCCACCCGCUGCACCGCCGUCUAUUCCCUGAUGCGGCACGUCCGCUUCCCCCUCAUGACCCCCAUGGAGCUGCUCGAGAUCUCCCAGGAGGACGAGGGGUACGACGACGGCAGGGCGGCCAUGAUGCGCUCGGACACGGCCUGCGUAAACCUCCUGCUAGAGGCCAGCAACUACCAGAUGAUGCCCUUCCUCCAGCCUUGCUUACAGACAGAUCGCACGCGCAUCCGGUCCGACGCCACACACCUGCUGGCGCUGGGCGGGGUGAUGCGGCAACAGCUGGUGGUGAGCAGGGAGCUGAGGCUGUACGAUGAGGAGAGCAGCCACUGGAGGGCGCUGAGGCCCAUGGAGGUUCCCCGCUACCAGCACGGUGUGGCUGUGCUCGGGGGCUUCCUCUACAUCGUGGGCGGCCAGAGCACCUACGACACAAAGGGCAAGACGGCGGUGGACAGCGUCUACCGCUAUGACCCACGCUUCGACCGGUGGCUGCAGGUGGCCUCGCUCAACGAGAAGAGAACCUUCUUCCACCUGAGCGCGCUGAAGGGGAAGCUGUAUGCUGUUGGGGGCAGGAACACCUCAGGAGAGAUCGGUGAGGCACUAGUGUACUGGAGAUAUUUUUACUGCAAUCUGUUACACAGAAAUAGUGAUCUUUAAGGUGCAUAUCGAGUGCAUUUACGUUUGUUUUACUCUUUCAGACACCGUGGAGUGCUACAACCUCAGAAAGAACGAGUGGACGUUCGUGUCACCCAUGAUCGACCCCCACUACGGGCAUGCUGGGACAGUCCAUGGUGACCUGAUGUAUGUCUCAGGUGAGUUUCUCAGACCACUGACAGUUAGAAUACAAACUUACCAAACAGUUAAAACCUACAAUGUGAAGGCUUGAAUUGACUGUGAUUGUUGUCCUGAUGCAAUCAGCUCAGUCAGACCAGAGAGGUUUUCAGUUAAUGAAUUCAGGCAAACAAAGGCUGUGUUGUUGACCUGUUUUAAUCCACUCUCGCCGCUUAACAGUUUUGAUAGACUUUAACAUAACAUAGUAGUUCUGGACCGUUAUCAUUCUCAUCUUGGUCGAUUUCUAUGAUGGUCUCCUAGCAACCUUGGAGUAGAAACCAGUUUCUCGUGUUGAGAACAGAAGUUAAAAAGUCUAUGCAGAAAAUGUCAUCGGAGGCAUGGGGACAUGUAGAGGAUGGUGUAAUGGAGUAAUGGGCACAGCUCUCUGCAGCUCACAGCAUCAGACCACAUCCUUCCUGACUCAAACAUGUCUGUUUUUCAAAGUAGGGCCCUACUGCUCCUGUCCCACUCUACGCUGGUGGUUGACGAUGUGGGUAGAAGAGCACCUGACCACUGCCUCACCGUUCAGCCCCCUACACCAUCACUCUUUUGUUCUCAAUGUCCAUCCUUUACAUAUGCUUCCAAAGUUACACUGCCCUCCCCUUGAACUUUAUCUGACUAUGGUGUAUUCCAAGUCAGAUGAAAAUCGCAUGGAUGGAUUUAAAUGUUUGUCUUAUUAAAGCCAUAGUAUAUUAGUUUGUAGACAUAAAACUGUAUUUUAGUAAACAUGUUUUCAUGGUAUCUAUCUAAUAAAACCAAUGUGAACCCACUGAUUCAACAGGUGGCAUCACACGGGACACAUUCCAGAAGGAGCUGUCGUGUUAUAACCCUGAGACUGACACAUGGAGUCAUCGUGCCGACAUGAUGGAACUGCGUGGCCUCCACUGCAUGUGCACGGUGGGCGACCGGCUCUACGUGAUGGGAGGGAACCACUUCCGGGGCAGCAGCGACUACGAUGACGUACUGGACUGUGAGUUCUACAGCCCCGAGGUAAGGCAUGGCACAGGCCUUAGUUUUUGUCCAACAAUAUGAUAAGCAAUUUGACCACUUUGCCGAUACCUUACCCUUAUCCUAACUGUUACUUAACUAAGUCUUGACUUUGAUGGUCACAUGUCUGGAAGUUUUAGGAACUUUCUGGGUUGGGCAAAAAUGGCAACCAAACAAGGAACCAAUUAAAUUAGGAGAAAAGCAGAAUUCUGUGAGGCAGCUAGCCAAUCAGAGCUCAGACCUUAUCAUGUUGUUGUCCCAAAACAAAAUACCUGUGUUUUAUAUCUUCCCCCAGGUGGACCAGUGGACGGUGGUGGCAGCCAUGCCAUGGGGCCAGAGUGACGUGGGGGUGGCCGUGUUCCAGGGCCAGAUCUACGUAGUAGGGGGCUAUUCCUGGAACACCCGUUGCAUGGUGGACAUUGUGCAGCGCUACGACCCAGAGAAGGACGAGUGGGACCGGGUGUUCAACGUGCUGGAACCCCUGGGCGGGAUCCGGGCCUGCACCAUGACUGUGCACCUGCCUGAGGGUGCCGUGGACGACGGACAGAUGCAUGAGUGCCCGCUAGACACCGCCAAGAACUAAGAGCUGAGAGCAAGGACAUAUGGCUUUAGCCUCUCUGUGUUUGUGAUGCUGAAAAAUUUGACCUUUUUGCAAGUUUUAACUGUGGGAGAAGUGGAACGUCGAACAUGAGCAUUUCUGUAAUAGGUCC